AUGAACUCGUCCAGAGAAUUCCGAAGGAAGCUGACCGAAGAAAACACUGGAAUUGGAAACAUCAAUGAGGAAGAGAGGAAGGCCAAGUCUGGGGUACACCAACGUACAACAAAGAAGCCAUGGAGGACAGAAAUUGAAAACCUGGAAAUUGGGCGGGCGGCGGGCCAAUGGCCGGCGCCGGCCGGGCGCUCGCCCCGCCCCGGCGGCGCGCGCGCUCGGGAAAGCGACUGGAAGGGCCGUAUAGUGCGGGUGGCGUGGGGAGGCAGGGGUCAGUUGCCAGGCAACGCAGUCGGCGGCAGGACGUGGUGGCGCUGGAAGUGCUGCAGGUGCCUCCCUUCGCUUCGAGUUCCCGGCGCGCCACCGACGCCUUUUCGCCGCCCCGCCGCAGUGCAUCUGUUCCGCGCGUGCGUGCGCAGCUGUGACGACCGGGUGCCGCCGAAGGACUGGCUCAGGACGCAGCGAGCGGGUGCCGUGGUGCUUGGUGAUUCGAUCGGUGCGAUAUCGCGCCCCCCCCGCGUGCCGGACACCGCCCUCGCCGUCCGCCGCCCGCCGCCCUCCGCCCAGCUCCUCGUCCGUGGCUCGAGUGCUUCGCCCGCGUCCCCGCUGGAAGCUGUGGGCUUUCGCGUGUUCCCCGGCGCGCAGCCUGACAGGGGGGAGAUGACAGUGACCAACUUCGGAACGAUGCGCCCCUGCUUCGCCGGUUACCCGUUCCAAGGUCAGGGCCGCGUGAACCAGCUGGGCGGCGUGUUCAUCAACGGCCGGCCGCUGCCCAACCACAUCCGCCUCAAGAUCGUGGAGAUGGCGGCGGCGGGCGUGCGGCCGUGCGUCAUCUCGCGCCAGCUGCGCGUGUCGCACGGCUGCGUCUCCAAGAUCCUCAACCGCUACCAGGAGACCGGCUCCAUCCGGCCGGGCGUCAUCGGCGGCUCCAAGCCGCGCGUCGCCACGCCCGAGGUGGAGGGCCGCAUCGAGGACUACCGCAAGGAGAACCCGGGCAUCUUCAGCUGGGAGAUACGCGACAGUCACAUAUUUUCAUUUAUUUGUCAUUUAAUUUUCAAUGCCAGCAUUUCAUAUUCUUUACUUACAAUGAUUUUUCAUUUGUUAAUUUACAUUGUGAAUGUGUUCAUAUUUUUCAUUUACAUUCGCAUAUUUUCAAUUUUUUCAAUACUAAAAGACGUUGCAAAUAAAAAGACUUAUGUUGUUCAAGUAGCUUAUUUGUUUAUCAACUUCAUUACUUUUCGAUUGCGCAACGAUCAUUUUCUAGUAGGCUGCCAGACACUAUGUGAAAAAAAUGAACAAAGGAUGAGAUACAUGGAUACAUUGCUUUUCCGGUUGGUGGGUGCUUGCGAGGUCUGA